UCUCUUCGUCAAACCGGAGUGGGCGAGCUAAAGAGAUGUCCGUGUGGUUUGUGAAGACAUUCUUGGGCAGGCAGGACCUGCACUGUCACCCGCCCUGUGAGCAAUGGUACAUAGACAGGCGAGAAAACACAGAUUUCUUCACCAUGGCUCCAUUAUUGGAACGUUUGGUUUUCCUACAAAAAGUGCCAACACUUAUGAAAGCAACAUCAGAUGACGAAUCGCCCUGUCCUGGCUAUCUCUUUGAGGAAAUCGGCAAAAUUUCCCAUGAGUCAGUGGGCUGCUGCCAGUGUCUUCUUGAGUACCUCUUGGAGAGACUACAGGUGGAGUCCUGCCAUGUCAAACUUAAGGUCCUGAAGAUUCUCCUGCAUUUAUGUGGCCAUGGACCACCUCACUUCCUCACAGAGCUACGGCGGAAUGCUACAUUUAUACAAGAAGUAAUUGUGUACAGUGGCCCCCCGGACCCCAUCCAUGGAAAUGCUCUCUUUCAGAAAGUCAGAAGCUCUGCUCAGGAGUUGGCUACCCUACUCUUUAAUGAUACCAUGUCCCCAGAUUCUGGCUCUCCACACAAAACAGUGACACAGUCUGUGGGAAUGGGCUCAGAGUUGCUCAGGUCUGGCAUGCAGGGGUUCGGAUACAGCCCAGGAAGGAAAGAAUCCAGUGGAGGCACUCUGUUGGACAAGAUUCAGAAAGCUGCCGAAGUGGUUGCCAGCGCUGUCCUUCCUCCAACAGAGCAUCCUGGCAUCCGUCUCCAUGACAACCACUACCACGCUGUGGUGGCACCCUCUGCUACUGUGGAGAUGGCAGUGCCAGCAUGUGCCUACAACAUCCAAUCCCACGGCCACAGAGCAUCUCGCAGGUGCCCAGGGCAGGCUGGUGGAGGCUGGGAGGAAACGGACAGUGGGCACAGCUCCUCCCACAACUCAUCCCAGGAGACUGCAGAGGCCAGCCAGACCUCACUGGGAGGAAGCAGUAAGUCGGGCGGCUCGGGCAGCCACUCCGGGGCGAGUCGGGAGAGCGGUGACCUUUCAGAGCGUGUGGAGGCCAUUCAGUUGGGGGACUGUGGUCAGGAAACGGCACUAAUCAACCGACUGACCAGUGGUUCCAAAGUCUUCCUGUCCAGAGACGAGAGCCAACACUUUAUCAAAGAAUGCUCCACUCUCAACUGUGAGGUGGUUGUUGAACUUCUAUCUCGCAAACUCCAGGACCACGCACAAAUUAUCCAGAUGAGGGCGUUGUGUGCUCUGGCCUGCCUGAUGUCUUCAGAUUUCCUCUCUUUAGACCAUAUUUUCAAUAUCACAAACAAACGCCUUGCCCAUCUUAGCGAUGGAACCUCAGGCCCUGUCGCCAACAAGGCAACCAAGCUCUUAAGGCAGUUUGAGGCCUUGCUUGGUUGUGUCACAAAUUCCAAAUGUGACCGUGCUGGACGUCCAACCUCUGCCAGCUCUUCACUUUCAGAUCAGCCUCCUGAAUCCAUAAUCGUCCCCUUUGUUCCGGGACAACUAGGAGAAAACACAACCUCUGUUAUCCCAUCAGAGGAGACCCCAUCUACACAACACCUACAGGGUAACAGCACUGCACCCGGGUCUCAUAUGAAAAGAGAACAAGAAGAGGGGGAGUACAGGAAGAUCUCAGAGCCAACCAGACUGUCACUCUUCAGUGGAAUGGAGUUAGUCAACAGAAGCAAACCUGUAUGUUUGGUUGAGCCUGUUCCUGUCGAGUCAGACGCUCAGAUAAGUGUAGAAGCCACUACAGGCACAGACUGUGCAAUUGAGAAAAGCUGUGAGAGAACUGUAGGCUCACACACAUCUAGUGAACAAGUGUCUGCCUUCUCCUUCCUCAAUCUCUGAUGCCAACAUUCAU